AACAGUCAUGUGGCCAUUAAAGCUAAAGAAUACCUUGGUCCAUUCACGGAUUCUUAUAUCAAGCCACCUUUAAACACAGCCCAUGAAAUUUUCAACGAAGGCCUGUCAAAGGGACAAGAUAUUACUGGUCGUGCUACAAAUGCAAUUUGGGAUGUCAAAAAUAAAUUUACUAAAGCUGCUGGUGGUCAGACUACUUAUACGAAUGGCAAUAUUUCCCCUGCCUUUAAUGAAAAUACUUUGGAUUAA